GUUUUGUUGUUGUACAGAAAAAAAAUGACGACUCCAGAUCUUUCACCUCCGUCAGACUGGCAAGUCGGAAAAACGCUGUCCGAAAGUUUUGACCACUUACUGACUUCCGGUAUAGGCAGUGACGUCACAUUUAUAGUCGGUGAGGAAAAGAACAGGGUAUCCGCCCACAAACUGGUCCUCAUAAGCAGAAGUCCUGUAUUCUUCGCCAUGCUGGAGGGUCCAAUGGCCGAGAAAGGGGAGAUAACUAUCCCGGACAUAUCUACACAGACGUUCCAGUUGCUUUUAAGGUACCUCUACACAGACAAAAUCGACCUGACAGACAGUACUGUUGUACCCGUAUUUAAUGCGGCCAGAAAGUACUGUGUCAACAUCCUUGUCUCUCUCUGUGAGACAUUUCUGUCGAAGACUUUAACAGCGGAUAAAGCAUGUGCAUUUCUGGAACAGGCGCACGUUGUCAUGGCAAAUAGCCUGCAAGACGUGUGCGUGCAAUUCAUAGUGGAAAACGCUACUGCAAUUCUUCAGAUGUUGACCUUUACUGACCUCUGUCUGGACUGUAUAACUAGGGUCACCGAGUCGGACGAUCUCAAAAUCACUGAAAAGAGCGUGUAUGAGGCCGUCAUCAGGUGGGCUGAGGCCGAAUGUUCUCGACAGAAUAUUGAGAAAAACCAGGAUUUGGUAAGUUUAUUUCCAACCUUAAGAUAAAUAAAAAUUCAUUAAGGUCAAUAUCGUAAAAACGACAAUAUAAUACGUUAUUGUGGUGAGGUAUCAUCUGUAAGCUUCAACAAUCCCCCUUACGGUAUAGAGAAAUUGUAACGUUUAAUAGGAGUAGUACCCGAUUGAUAGAGCUAUAUAUGAUCUCACUCUGUAAUGCCUUUUCUAUAUUGAUUUAAAGUAAUAUAACUAUUAAUACUGUAAGUGCUGACUUGACAUAUUUCUAUCUGAUGUAAUGGGGUACUUUGAAGUUUUAUGCUAAUAUAAACACAUUUAAAUGUAUUCUGUACCAUCCUGUUUAUACCUUUCGAGGGCCUCUCUAUUGAUAGUUCAAGGCCAGUCUGAGGGAAACCCCAGUUAGAUGAUAUCGUAUAGACUGACUCAUACUGCUGCAGAUACGAAGAACGUAGAGCAAAGAUAGGUAUAAAAAAAAUGGCGGCUGCUUCACCUCCAUCAGACUGGCAAGUUGGGAAAACACUGUCCGAAAGCUUUGACCAUUUACUGACUUCCGGUAUAGCCAGUGACGUCACUUUUAUAAUAGGAGAGGAAAGAAACAGAAUUUCCGCCCACAAACUGGUCCUCCUGAGCAGAAGUCCGGUAUUCUACGCCAUGUUGGAAGGUCCGAUGGCCGAUAAGGGGGAGAUAACUAUACCGGACAUAUCUGCAGACACAUUUAAGCUGUUUUUAAGAUAUCUUUACACCGACAAAAUCGACCUGACGGACAGAAACGUCGUGCCAGUCUUUAACGUGGCCAGAAAGUACUGUGUCGACAUCCUUGUCUCUCUUUGUGAGGAAUUUCUGUCGAAGAAUUUAACAGCGGAGAGUGCCUGUGUAUUCCUGGAACAGGCCUACAUCUUCGUGGCAGAUAGCCUGCAGGAAGAGUGCUUACGAUACAUUGUCGAAAACGCUACUGUCGUUCUACGGUCUGUGACCUUUACUGACCUCAGUCUAGACUGUGUGACAAGCAUUACCGAGUCUGAUGAUCUCAAAGUCACUGAAAGAAGUGUGUAUGAAGCCGUCAUCAGAUGGGCGGAGGAAGAAUGUUCUCGAAGAAACAUUGAGGCAUCGGCGGAAAACAAGCGAGAUGUUCUCGGUGACACGCUAUAUACUGUACGUUAUCUCCAUAUUGACGAGGAUUUUCUUCUCGGCAGAAUUUGUUCCGACAAGAUACUAAAGGCGGAAGACGUAAUCGACAUUGUCAACCACAACAGAAAUCACAAUCCCUCAAUACCGGAGAAAUUAAAUACGAAACGGCGGCUUGUAAUCCCGCAAAGAUUUCACCGCAACGGACCAGUUACUACAGAUAUAUUUUGGAACCGAACACCAGUUGAUGAAGCCAUUUCCUUCAAAUCUUCUGUCGAUGUAUAUCUAUUUGGGUUCGGGUCGCUGUUUUCAAGUCCCGAACAAGGCAAUGUUAAUCUUAAAGUAUUUGAAGAAGAUGAAUGUCUUGUGGAGGCAACCAAACAGAGGGCACUUCCGCGACCUGAUACGCAAAACAUGGGAGAUGUUGUAUUAGAUAUCCCAAUCAAAAUACAUGCUGGCAAAACAUAUACCAUUCUGGAACGUUCGCAUAACCAAGUAAAUCAUUAUUUCGAAAAGGGCAUCACAAAGGUGACCCAUCAACAUAUCACAAUUGAAUUCAGCAACAGUCCUAGGAGUAAACAAAGCAAUAUCAGAAUGGGUCAUAUACCGUACCUACUUCUCUCGGGGUAAUACAAGAACAUCACAUCCCGGGGCAGGAGACUGGGGAGAGGAGGGAGUUGAGGUCGGAGGGGAUGUGGGGUCUUUUCUCGGAGGAUAAUAAACAAGAGACCCAGGGAAAGGGGUUGGGACUAUGUCUCUCGGGGAUGACACACGAUAAAAGAUCCUCGGAAAAUUGUUGGGUCUACUUCUCCCGGGGAGGGGUAAUACACGCAAACAUAUUUUGUGGCAGGAAUUGUGUCUACUUCUCCCGGGGAGGGGUUGCAUGGGUCUACUUCUUUCGGUGAUAAUACUCAACAACGAAUCCUGGGAGAGGAGUUGUGUCAACUUCUCCCGGGGGAGGGGUUGUGUCAACUCCCAGGGAGGGGUUUCGUGGGUCUACUUCUCUCGGUGAUAAUACACAAGAGAUCAAGGUUGAAUGUACUUAUCUCCGGGCAAUGCUGCCAGACGUUUCACUGCUGCAGACUGAGGAGAGUUAAAGUAUUGAAUCAAAGAUACACAUAGGCGUAUAUUUCUCUCAAUAUAGCUUAUAUAUAUCUUAAUACUUAAUGUUGUUAACUGGCAAUUGUUUGUUUUGCACAUACUAUGUUUGUUUAUUAAUUAAACACUGUGGCUUUGAUUUGUGUUUAUAUUUCUAGGAAGAAUAAUUAAACGUACGAAAUUGA